AGCACGAACAAAGUUUCGGGUCCCUCCAGCUGGCCCCCUUCUACUGUGGCUAAGAAUAUAGGCAGCUCGUAUGGAGCAAAGCACACCUUGUUUAGUUUCAUCAUCUGACCCUUGAGUAUUCCCAAUAGCGAUAUGAGGAGGCUCAAAACCUGUUUUGCCACCCACACAUAUCAGCAUCAGUGAGGCCAAGCUCUCGGCUCCAUCACUUCACCAUUAAUCCAUUCUCUUAUUCCGAACAGGACAAAGGGGAUCUUCGAGGUCGCAGCUAAGUUCCUGCAUUGUACCUCUCAAUUACGAGACACAUGGCUCUCUCGACCCUCGGGUUACUCACGGUCUGCGCCAUACCAACGGUCAUUGGCGUCGCAGAAGCAAUCGACGCCCAGAAGAAACAAAACCAGCAAGCGAAAGACAGAAUCAAGUUCAAGUUAACGGCCAACUUUUCACAUGAUGGCGUCUCACCGGCGCAGCAAGCUUCGGUAGUGUUAAAAGAUAAGAAGCUCUACCUAAACCAUCCGGCAUGUCCAGUGGAAGGCUAUCCAUUCAACGGUUACUACUUCGGCUACCCAGGGCCGGAAAACCAUCAAGGCUUGGUAGCGCCCAUAGCAGACGAUCCGCCAAUGCUUAAUUGGAUCUACGCUGAUAAAGAAACGGGACUACUACGCCACGGAUCAAGAUCAGACUCUCUUGGUCAUGUAAUCGGGCCCUGGAGUUGGACGGAAGAUGAGGAAUGGCUCACGCUCGAGGAUGGCCAAGACUUCGUGGCCGUGGAGAAUGAUGAAGGCACCUGGAACCUGCAUUACGAUAAAGCCGGGGACUUGGAUGAGGUGUUAGACUGCGACGUGGUAGAUAUCAGCUUACAUCGCGACCUGCAGCUUGGAGUAUCUAGUCGAUAUACGAAGUAAAUAAACAGGAUUUAGCUUGGACAAUUUCUCAGGGGAAAGUGGUUCACAUGCAGGAACCUCAGGAUGCAGUGAUAGCGGUAUGGGGAACUAAGGGUCGUCUGAUAGUAAAGGACGUGCCGAAUACAUCCCAAAUACAUCCAUGUGGCUCUAGUAAACUAUCUUGCAGUACCUAAUAAUAAACCCUCC